AUGGUUGCCACUUUGGACAACAUCGAGGAACUCCUCAAAGAUGAUAACAAGGUCAAGAUUGCUGUCUUGGAUAUGGAUUGCGUGUUACGUGGCAAAAUGAUCAACAAGACGCGCUUUUUGCAAACCCUUACCAAUGGCUUUGGCUUUUGCAGUGUAUUGUUUGGAUGGGAUCUCCAGGAUCGCAUGUACUUUGAAAAGACCGAAUUCAAUGACGAGGAAGGUGGUUUUGGUGAUAUGAUAUGCAAAGUGGAUCUUAAAUCAUUCCGACGUAUCCCUUGGGAGAACAACACGCCUUUCUUUUUGGUGGAUGUAUACCAUCCUCGAACCAAGGAACCUAUUUUUUGCAGUCCACGCGGCUUGGUACGUGAUGCUGAGAAAGGAUUUCAACAAGAAUUGGGCUGUACACCUUUUAUUGGCAUUGAGCUCGAGUUUUUCUGCUUCAAAGAAACGCCCGAGACGUUGGCAACCAAGGGAUUUGUGAACCGUACGCCCUUGACAUUGGGCAACUUUGGCUUUUCCUUUUUGCGCCCCACACAAAACCAAGAGUUUUACUAUCAUGCAUAUGACUGGUUACGUGAGUUCAAUAUUGAAUUGGAAGCAUGGCACACUGAAAUGGGACCUGGUAUCUAUGAGGCGGCUGUGGCAUACCGAAAUGCAAGUGAGGCGGGUGAUCGUGCUGCUCUCUUAAAGACAUCCAUGAAACAAAUCGCCCUGCAGCAUGGCUUGAUGGCUACCUUUAUGGCCAAGCCUGAUCAGAACCAUAUGGGAUGCUCCGGUCAUAUGCACAUUAGUCUCAAAGAUGAGCAAGGACGAAACCUGUUUACGCCACGUGAUGCAUCAGAUGCAUCAGACAUCCAUCCUGAAAUGAGUAACACCAUGGUACACUUUUUGGCUGGUGUCUUGCGUGCUCUUCCUAGCAUCCUUGCCGUCUUGGCACCCACCGUCAACAGCUACAAACGAUUGGUGGAGAAUCAAUGGGCACCUGUCACCGUGAGUUGGGGUAUUGAAAACCGUAUGGGUGCCAUCCGAGUUAUUGUUCCUCCUUCGGCAUUACCUAAUGCGACACGUCUGGAAGUGCGUGUUCCAGGAGCUGAUGUAAACCCUCCUCUUGCUAUGGCAGCCAUCCUUAAAGCAGGUCAUUGGGGUAUCAAGACAAAGCAAACCGUACCUGUUCCACCCCUGGAUCAUGGCAAAGAAAAGGCAUCGGCAGGUGGAGCACGCCUCGCACGAAAUUUGCAAGAGGCCGUCAUUGCUAUGGGUGAACAAGAUUCAAUUGCUCGUAAAGUGCUUGGUGACGCAUUUGUGGACCAUUACAUUGUGAGCCGCAAACAUGAAUGGAACCUAUACCAAUGUGCUGUGACCGAUUAUGAGCUCAAGCGGUACUUUGAGUUGAUCUAA